AUGACCAGUCUAAAGCUUAAGGAGUUCCUUAAGCGGAAUGAGCAUCUAACAUUUCCCAAGGGAAUCCCAGGAAAAUCACCAAGCGCCGCCUUUGAUGCGGGAUCUAGUCAACGUCGUCCCCAAGUCAGGAACCAUCUGCAUCCGUUCGUAUUAGCUGCCCCAGAGCUUUAUCAUUCUCGCCAUCUAACAGCCGAAGUAACUUGUUCGGAUGCUCGAGUCGACCCCCGUGACUACUUUGGCCUUAAGUUCGGAGAGGCCCUAGUGAUUCGUAACGCAGGUGGUCGUGCUGUUGAUGCUUUCCGAAGCCUUGAAGUUAUGGGGUCAAUCGCUCCCAUUGGCCUGAUCGUUGUGGUUCAUCACACUGACUGCGGCGGAAUGUUUACUACCGAGGAGGAGAUACGGUCGAAACUUAGUGACAGAGCCCCUGCCCACGCUGCUUCAAUUAAAGACAAGUGGUUUGGCACCUUUAGAGAUGUUGGAGUGGAUGAGAGCGUUCGUCAGGACGUAGAAGAAAUCAGGAGAUGGUCGUUUUUACCGGCAGAAACUCAGGUUGUGGGUUAUGCACUUGAUAUUGAGACGGGGGUUAUGAGGGAGGUCGCUUCUGAAAACCCAUGA